AGACAGAAAAGGAAAUGCGCCGCCGAUAUGUCUAAUUAGAAUUCUUCUUCGCCCGAGACUCCAAAUUUUCUUUCAUUGAUACCCGUCCCGAGUCUAUUUUACCUUCUCUCUAAUUGUAUUAUUCCAAUAUCAAGGGCCAACCACUGCCAUCCUGGUGGCGCCCUCCUUUGCCUCCCACGGUCCGUCCUCUCCAAAUCGAGCCGCCUCGGGAGUUAUUUGUGUUUUCUUGCUUUCUGGAAUCUGUGAUCUUGUCCUGCGGGCUUUGUAUCAUCGGCGCGGCAUCAAGAGCACAAUUUCUCUAUCGUACGGCGUUAUAAUACCAGAGACAAAAGCUGCGCUGUUCUUCUUGAUACCCCCAUCAGUCUCUCUACACACCCAUCGCCCUCUCCAUCCAUACAGAGUUCCGCCCACAGUCCGCAAUGGAAGCUCUCCUCUCCCUCGCAUUCGACAACCUGUCCUCCUACGACGGCCUCAAGAUCAACAAGGGCCUCAAGCAGGUAGAGGGUCUCCUCGCGCAAAUCUGCCUCUCCUCGCCAGCUGGAGCAAGCAAGUCCCCCAGGAAGCCAUCGAGCAGCCCGACUAAAGACGGAGACUCGCCGCCCUCGCCGCAUAAGGCGCUCUCUGACCUGUCCGACGACCCGGCCUUCCGCGAGUUCUUCAAGCUGCAGCAGGGCUUCGAGUGGAAUGUCGCUCAGCGUCUGCUGACGACGCUCGACCGCCUGGUUGCCCGGGGCGGCGACGGCCAGAACGAUCUGCUGAUCCUGAAUGCGCUCGAUCUCAUCCAGGGCGUCCUACUGCUCCACCCUCCGAGUAAGGCGCUCUUCUCGCGAGAGGUCUACAUGGAUCUCCUCCUAGACCUCGUCGAGCCGGUCAACUGCCCGGCCAUCCAGUGCGCCACGCUCCUCACCCUCGUCGUCGCGCUGAUCGGCGCGCCGCGCAACACACGCACCUUCGAGUCCCAAGACGGCCUCCUGACCAUCACGUCGCUGUUCCGCAGCCGCUCAACGUCACGCGACGUCAAGCUCAAGCUCGUCGAGUUCCUCUACUUCUACCUCAUGCCCGAGACCCCCAGCAUCCCGCGCGCCGAGGCCCGCGCCAACUCCGCCACCCCGGCCAUGCUGCAGCGCAGCCCCAGCAAGCUCGCCAGGGCCUUCGCCGGCGACGUCGGAUCCCCCGCGGCGGCGAGGCGGAGGAGGGCUGACAGUGGUGACGACGACGACGACGACGGCUCGACUAGGACGACGGAGGAGAAGCAGGCGUUCCUGGCGCAGCACCUCCCCACCGUCGAGGACCUGGUCAAGGACCUGAGGAAUAGCGCGCCGUUUGGGGGCGUCGUGGUCUGAACUGCAGAGACGAAAGGAAGGGUGUGACUUGGAAGGGAGUGUGGCUCCUUUCGUGGGCUUUUUGUCCCGCUUGCUUUUCUUUGGGCUUCUCUUCGGGAGCCUCGCCGCUACACUCCGUCCGGCAGGUUGUCGUACUUACUUACAUCGCAUUUGUUCAGCAUGGCGUUCUUUCCCAGAAUAUGGUUUGUUUGAUCGGAAGGGAAGAUAAUAUCUCGGUCUCGGGUCGCGUUCCACCUUGUCAGAGCGCCAUCUCGGGAUGUUUUUUUUUUUUUAGCUCAUUUGCAUUCAAGGAGGUUCUGACCGCAAAUGCCCUGUUCCCGUCCGGGGAAUGAAUGGUCAUGCGAGUUUUGUUCAUAGACGGAUAGGAGUUCCGGCAUUUUUUAAGAAGUCAACCCACUAAUAGAAG